GACGCUACAAGAUGGCGGCGCUUUGAAACGGCGGCUUCGGGCGGGACAUGGAAGCCAAGAGCACCCGGCCACAGGCCAGCAGGGUUAACAAAUUGGAUAUUUGUCAUGUAUCUCCGAGAAUGAUAUCACUCAAAAUCAAUGGAUAAAUGCAAGCACGUAGGGCGGCUUCGGCUUGCCCAGGAUCAUUCGAUCUUAAACCCCCAAAAAUGGCAUUGUGUGGACUGCAAUACUACAGAGUCGAUGUGGGCAUGUCUCAGCUGUUCACAUGUUGCCUGUGGGCGCUAUAAUGAAGAGCAUGCACUAAAACAUUUUCAGGAAAGCAAACACCCCGUAGCCUUGGAAGUAAAUGAAUUUUAUGUAUUUUGUUAUGUUUGUGAUGACUAUGUGCUGAAUGAUAAUGCAACAGGUGAUCUCAAAUUGUUGAGGAGCACAUUAAGUGCGAUCAAGAGCCAGAACUAUGACUGUACAACUCGAAGUGGUAGGACUUUACGGUCAAUGGCAGGAAGUGAUGACACUUAUCUUUCUCGGGGUUGUGCACAGGCACAGUUGCGAAAUGAGGAUAGGAUGUUCACUGCACUUUGGCAUCGCCGUAAACUGCUUUUGUCUAAGGUGUUCCAGUCUUGGUUCGCUCUGACAAGCAGUGGAAAACUGAGGCUUGAAGAAGAACGGCUAAAAGAAGAGGCUGAACUGAAAAGGGAAGAAGCCAGAAAAAGGCGACAAGAGCUAAAGCAGCGGCUACAUGCCGAGUUGUUGAGUGCACCACCACGCAAAAGUUCCCGUUUAAACGAACUCUCUCAAGUUAGUGACCCGGCACCUCUACGAUCACCAGCAAAAUAUCCAGCUGUAACAACUGCCCUUACGUCAAGUGCAGUUAGAUUGAAAAAAAUUGGUGAUUCUCCUAUUAAACGGAGACCCACAGUCACACCUGGUGUGACAGGACUGAGAAACUUAGGAAAUACCUGCUAUAUGAACUCCAUUCUGCAAGUGCUAAGUCAUCUGCAAAUAUUUUGCGAGUGUUUCUUGCAUUUUGAUUUGAGUCAAACUCAGGAGCUGCUGGCUAGUACAGCAAAUGGGAAAACAAGGCCCUUGAACCAGCAAUAUUUGGUUAGUGAUAUUAAUUCAAGUACAUCUUCGAUAGAUGAGGAUAAGAUUUUGAGACGACCCAGUCUUUCUGAAGGAUUGAGUGGGGGAGCAUCAAGUAGCAGAAAUAGGGAGCUAAUCCAGUUGAAGGAGCCAAGCUCGAAGCACAUCUCUCUGUGUCAUGAACUCCACACCCUUUUUCUGGUCAUGUGGUCUGGCAAGUGGGCUUUGGUAUCUCCCUUUGCUAUGCUUCACUGUGUAUGGCGACUGAUCCCAACAUUCCGUGGAUAUGCCCAACAGGAUGCUCAAGAAUUCCUGUGUGAGCUAUUGGAUAAAGUCCAGCAGGAGUUGGAAGCUGCAAAAACGAUGUGCACAGCCCCGAUCCCCAUAUCGCAGCAACAGAUAAUCAGGAAAGUUCUGACUGUGGUUAACACCAUUUUCCAUGGACAACUACUCAGUCAGGUUACAUGCCUUGCUUGUGACAACAAAUCCAACACGAUUGAAUCCUUCUGGGACCUUUCUCUAGAAUUUCCUGAGAGAUACCACUGCAAUGGGAAAGAAGCUGCUUCCCAGUAUCCUUGUUCAUUGACAGAAAUGUUGGCAAAAUUCACAGAGACAGAAGCCUUGGAAGGGAAAAUUUAUGCCUGUAACCAGUGCAACAGAAACCGCAGGAAGUCAUCUUCAAAACCAUUGGUCCUGACUGAAGCUCAGAAACAGCUAAUGGUCCACAAGCUACCUCAGGUUAUGCGACUACACCUCAAACGCUUUCGGUGGUCUGGUCGCAAUCACCGUGAGAAGAUAGGAGUACAUGUGAACUUCGACCAGCUAUUAAAUAUGGAACCAUACUGCUGCAGAGAGUUGGCAGGAGACUUUGGGUCCAACAGCUUCAUAUAUGACCUGGCAGCUGUGGUCAUGCACCACGGAAAGGGUUUUGGCUCUGGACAUUAUACAGCAUACUGCUACAGUACAGAUGGAGGUUUGUGGGUCCAUUGUAACGAUUCCACAGUAACGAUCUGCACUGUGGAUGAAGUCUGUAAAGCCCAGGCCUAUAUUCUCUUCUAUACUCACCGUCUGCCUCACAACAUUAAAGUACCAUCACCACCUGCCUCGCCUGGGAAUGAUUCAACACCAGCAUCGACUUGAAUGCAGCUCAGAAGUGCCGCUACUUUCUCAACACAGUCCGUGCCUGGAGGCAACAUUGUUCGAAAGAUUUUCAACUAUCUUGAGGAUUCUGUGGAAAAGUACUUUACAGACAUUUUACACAGAUGGAGUUGUAACUUUCCUAUCGAAUGUGUACAGUAUAGUCAUAAGUUUUGUAGUGUAUUUUUUAUCUUGCCAGAGAAUUACUUGGGAGUAAUUUGAGUAAAUGCUUCUAUUCUCUUACGUACAGUAUUGUUUUAGUAAUAGCCAUAUAGCAGAGAAUUUCUAUUUUUCAUACAUUUGAUAGAGAGAGAGGAUUCAAUAGAUGAGCUCACUGUAAUAUUAGCAGCUCACCCCAUCUGACAGACAAUAUGCUGUUUGGUAAGGUAUUAAUGAGACUAACUUGUUCCUCAUUCUUCCUUCACACUGAAUUGUAUUUCUGUAAUGCUUACAGAUUCACUAGCUUGGCUUUACAGUGAUAUGCAGCGUUAUUUGAUUUAACAUUCUACUUUCACCUCCUUUCUGCAAUGCUAAGAUGGCCCUUUGCUGUACCAUACAUGCUCUAGUUAACCAAGCACAACCAGUGGAAUCGCUCAGGAGUGGCUCCUCUCCAUAACUUUAAAAUGGAAAAGUAAUGUUCAAUGUUGUAUGACUGCUUUCCUAUCUUCCUGACCAAGUGCUAGCCUUUGUGAACUGUUAUCUACAUUCUAUAUCCCUCCACUUUAUCUUUGAUCAACUUUUAGUAUCUAAGAAAUUUAAUUUUAUGCAGAACCCCAUCAUUACAGCAGAAUUUAUUAACUGGCACCUAUCUGGCCAGAAGUGUGCUAGUUAAUCAAAUACUCCAGUUGAUCAAGAGGCCCAUGUAAUCAAUAUAAAGCACACUAAAUAAUAGAAAAAUAUUUAGGGGGAAUAUACAUCACUGUUGUACUUUAUUUACAGCAUAAACCACUUAAAUAAUAACGCAACUUUGCCUUAAAUAAAAUGUACCACCACAGAACCUUGAAGGUUCCCUCUGACUACUGACAUUGUGGUAGAUUGUGAUAUUUGAAGAGAAAUUACUCUAACUUGAAUCAGCUAUUGAUAAUUUGUAUGGCCAUUUGAUUGAACAACAAGUAAUUUACAUUGAGAUAAAUUUUUUUAAAAAGUAAUUGGACAGAAUAAUGCAGUAAAUUUCAGUAGAAUACAAUAGUCAUAUAAUUUUUGCCACUUUUAUCGAUAAUGUUGGGCUGGUUAAAACAAUAUUUGUUGUACUAUCUGAUCUGUGACAGUUUGGAAGGACUGAAAUCCAUAUCGCGAAACAUAGAAGCAUUGAAAUAUCAUAAACAAUUUCUGUAAAUUGGGCUUGUUCUCACUGGAAAAGAACAAAUUGUCACAGGUUAUGAUCUGUUUUUGGGACUGGCCAAUGGAGACAGUGACCCAGUUGAGAAUUCAUUCUGCCUUGUGCUUGUGACUUUGGGACUCUGGAGUUUUGUUUGUGUGUGGGUGUCUUGUCCUUUAGCAACAAAGUUAAUUCGAUUCCUGUGAUGAGAGUGUUUGUCUUAUGUGGAUAAAUUGGGCCUAUACCCUCUGGAGUUUAGAAGAGUGGCAGGUGAUCUAAUUGAAGUCUGAGGUUUUGAGAAAGGGUGGGGUAAGUGUUUCCCUUUAAAGAUAGAGCUAGUGGUUCAAAACAUAGGGUCUCCUAUUCAAGGUGGGGAUGAGGAGGCAUUUCUUCUGAGUUAUGUUUAGCAUUUCAUUUCACUUCACAGCAGUGGAGUCUUAUCUUAUUGAAUGUUUUCAAGGCUGACUUAGCUUACUUAUUGACUGGGGAGUCCAGAACUAUGGAGGGCAGAUUGAAGAGGGGAGUUGAGGCCACAUUCAGAGCAGCCAUAAUCUUAUUGAAUGUCACGGUAGGCUUGAGGGCCAAAUGGCCUUAGUCUUUUUACAUUGUGAUUUCUCAGUUCACUGUUUGCCUCACUGCUGUCUGGGACUCUUGUUUUUCCCUAUGUAGUCCAGACUAUUAUAUUUCAUGUCAUGGUUUAGUGCUGCCACCUAGCAUCUGAAAUUGAAAUUGAAGGCUGCUGUCAGUCCUGAACCUUUGCGGUGGCACAGUGGUUAGCACUGCUGCCUCAGCACCAGGGUCCCAGGCUCAAUUCUAGCCUCUGUCAACUGUCCAUGUGGAGAUUGCAAAUUCUCCCUGUUUGUGUGGGUUUCCUCUAGGUGCUCCAGUUUCCUCUCUCAGAUGACAAAUGUGCAGAUCAGGUGAAUUGGCCAUGCUAAAUCGUCCAUAGUGUUAGGCGCAUUAGUCAGGGAAAUGGGUCUGGGUGGAUUACUGUGGACUGGUUGGGCCGAAGGGCCUGUUUCCACAGUGUAGGUAAUCUAAUCAAAUCAUAUGUGCAUUGUAAGUAUUCAAUUGUUGAAGGGCUUGGCCCUGAACUCAUCAAGCACCCAUACUAGACACAGCAAUGUGGCUCCUAUAGAUGAUGAACACUCUUUACAUUGGCAAGCCAUUAUCCAGAACUCCAAGCUUAUUGUAUCCCAGCAGCUCUGCUGUGUCCUGAGGAAUGUUGAGGACAACAGCCCAAGAUAGCACUGAAGUUACCAUACCUUCAAAAUUUGGUUCUGUUUAUGAAUACCUGUGGAAAUAUCCUGGAAGUUACAGAACUGAAACAAGUCCAUCAAUCAUUCAGUGCUUAACCUGCAGGUGAACAAAUAAGACUGACCAUAUUUGCUUUCUAGCUAAACUUGAACUAUUAUAGUACAACUGCAACUAAUAAUCUGGAAGAGAAUUCCACAACCUCCCACCUCAAUGGAGGAAAAAGGGCUCCUGCCUUUUUAUCUAAAUCUUGUACAAUUUUGUAUGUUCUCUCAUCAUAGGUACCUUAACGACUGAAAGUAGUCACCUAUUAUCCUUUCUGUUCACGACACUUCUAUUUGUAUCCUAAAGAAAACAGACUGGCUUUUUUAUUAAUGGAUUUGAAUUUAUUUCCCAAUUACAGUACUUUGCUUUGACAUAUAUUUAUCCUGAAGGGCUUUUGCCCAAAACGUCGAUUUUACUCCUCCUCGGAUGCUGCCUGAAUUGCUGUGCUUUUUCAGAAUUUGGUUUCCAGCAUCUGCAGUCAUUGUUUUUACCUAUAUAUUUAUCCUGCCCACAUGUAUAUGGUUAUUUGCCAUUUAAAUACUUGUUGUAGUAUGUUUGAAUGAUACUGAUGUAUACUGCCAAAGAAUAGCAAAACAAGACAUUUAAACUCUGAUUCUGACCAAAUUUUCCCUGCAUUCAGAGGUUUGUGCUUAGAGCAGAGGGUAAAGUUGCUGAUUUGUAAACAUUUUGGCAAACAUGAGACCUGCAUCAUGGAUUGUAAAAAUGUGAAUGCCUAAAUGCAGCUUUCUCUGCUGCACCUUGAACCUUUUUCUCCACAUGUUUCUCCACAGCGGUAUGGCAGAUAUUUAAUCCAUCAUAUCUAUGCCAACUGUCUACUGAAGGAAUCCUGAAGUCAUCCACUGCCUGCCUGUCUCGAGCUCUGUCUUCCUUUGCUUUAUUGUGACCAUCUUGAGCCAUGCUUCUGUUUUUCAAAUGCUGUUCAAACCUGUACCUUGGAACAAUAUAUCUCUAAACAAUGUCAUGAAAUCCAAUGCAAGUUGAGUGGAAAGUCUAAACUUGAAUGUAACAUACUGGAGACUCUCAAUCUGUUUAAUAUAGAAAUGAUAAGUUGCAUUUAUAUAACAAUUUUUAAAGAAACAUCCCAGUAGUAUUGUGUUUUGAGUAAGUUGAUUGUGAAAAUCAGGAUACAUUUUGAGGUACCCUGUACUUUAAAGGGACAUGGUGUAUAACCUUCCUUUGUGGAACUUGGAAGUUUCAAAAUGCUGACUGCACAGAGUAAAAUGUUCCUUGUGCAGAUAUUUAUGGCCAAAUUGAUGGACACUGACCCACAUUCUAGGUAAAUGUGCAAUAAUGCAUUUGCUGAACAUGUAAAAUUACAUUUAAGGUAGCUUUAUUCCCUUUGCUCAGGUUUUGCACACAUUAAAAAAGUACAGAAGUCAAUCACAGUGCAGAGUCAAUUGAGCAAAUUUUUGUAUUUUUGGAUUCUACUAUUUGUGCCAUUUUAUGAUGACGACAAACCAGCUUAUCAUAAUUUGAAAAGUUCAAAUUUUUGAAAGCUUCGAUUGUUAUUUUUUUGAUGUGAACAGAGAAUAUUGGGACAUUUUCAGCAGACCAGUAGCAACUGUGGAAAGAAUUAACAUUUCAGAUGCAAUAACCAUUGACUGUUUCUCACUACAGACACACUGAGUGUUUCCAGCUUUUUGAUCAUCUUAGAUGUUGGAAAUCUAAAACAUUUUGUUUUAGCUAGUUUAGGAGUGUUGCAGUGUGUAUUUUGUUGUGUAUAUAAAUUCUCAACAUGUGAUCUCUAAUUUUAAGUCCACUUUGACAUUCAGAUACAGAAACCUGUCCUGGGGCAUUUAAUGUUAGGUUUGCUGCUGAUCUAGUUUUCACUUGUCAGUGGAUAUGAUCCAGACCCUGUAAAGAUCUGCUUUAGAUCAUUACUUUUCCGUGCCUGUUAUUUUCCAGUCUCACCCUGCACCCAGAUUCUGUUGUAAGUAACCUGUCUCAUCACUCUAGAAUUUUCCUCUUUUUUUUGCUGGUCCAUUUGGAAGUGAGUCAUAAUGUGACUGUGAAUCCACAUACUCCAAAUUGCUAAAAUCAAAUACUGGAUUAUAUUUUGAAAAGCUUUUUAAACUAAUUUCUCAGCUAGUGUCUAAGGGUACAGUAACAAUAAUUAACUCAUUAAAUGGCUCAUUAUAGAUUGUAAUGUCAUGCCAUCCUACAUAUCACUUUAUUAUAGUAAGGGUUGGUUUCGACAUUUGAAAUAUUAUCAACUUGCCUAACCUUGUGCUGUGCAAAGUCCCUGGAUUGCUCAUAAUUUGAUCAUGGUAGUAUAAUAACUUUCUCAUCCAGCCUCAGCUGCUGGUUGUAAAGUAUUCCUUAAUAGUCAGUUCUAUAUUAUUUCUAAAAUUCUGUUUGAACAAUAGUGCUUUGAGGACUAAAUUUUUAUCUAUUUUCUUAAAAUUAUUACAUUCUGUUGACCACGUCUCUGGGACUUUUUUACUGGACUUCAAGCAACCUACAGGGAUUUUUUUUUGCGAUCUUGGAGAUGAGGGAAUUCUGAACAAUAGUGAAAAUACUUAAUAGUUGUGCCAAAAGAAUUAGGGCACCAAGCAAAUAAAGCAGAAAAUAGAAGAUUGUCUGUCUCAACCAAGGGUUUUCAUUUUUGAGCUUCUGCUUUUCAAAUAUGCAGCUAGUAUCCCAGUUGAAUUUCUUGCAUGUACAGUUUGUGCAUUAAUGAACAAGUUGAACUAGUCACAUAGUUCAUUUUUUAGAGUAGAAAAAUCUUGCUUUCAAACCUGAUUUGUUAAUUGACAAACUUGUUGCUAGUUGUA